UUAGUGCAUUAUGAGGUCUUGACUCUUUAGAAUCUUGGUGCCGCAUUUUCUGUGUCGAAACCACCAAAAGAUUUAGAAAGAAGAGCAAAAGAAAAGAAAGCCAUGAGAAAUGUCAGGGACACAGGGAGCACAGCCGCCGGGCAGUACAACGACAACAACACACGAGUCAGUGGCAGCAGAAGAGAACAAGACCAAGGAGGAGGAUCAGGGGAUGAUCUAGAUCGACAAGCUCCAGGACAAGGUCCCCGAUGCCGCUGGGAGAGGAGGCCCUGUCAUUGGCGCUGGCAAAGAUGAAAACAAGAAAGACCUGGGAGUUACUGGCACCGGCGAAUAGCUAGCCUAGCCUGGCCUCCAUGCAUGCCACUUUUUUUUUUUUUUUGUUAAAAUCGAACUUCCUGUGGAUUUAAAAAAAAAUUAAAAAAAUCGUAGCUUUGAGUUGCAUGGUACUGAAGAAAAGAACCCCAAAAAAAGAAAGUAAAAAUGUAAGGUGACCAGUAGCAAGAG